AUGAUUGAAAGCGCAACAUAUGUGGGAACGCAGAAGCCUGAAGAGAAAUCAGUCGGGAGUAUGGUCGUCAUAACCAAUUUCUUGUUCGAUGUUGAUGGAGACGUCAUAAUGGAAAUCCAUCAGCCAGAUGACGAAUUGGAGGCGCAUAUGGAUGUUGAUGCGGACUUUGUCACGCUUGAAAGCAUGGAUAUUGUGCAUGCGGCUGGCGAAUUGGAGUGGUGUAUGGAUGUUGACGCAGACAUUGUUGUGCUUGAAAGCAUGGAUAUUGCACAGGUGGCUGGUGAAUUGGAGUGGUGUAUGGAUGUUGAUGCAGACAUUGUCGUGCAUGAAAGCAUGGUUAUUUCGCAGGUGGCUGAUGAAUUGGAGUGGUGUAUGGAUGUUGAUGCGGACAUUGUCAUGCACACCACAGAAGUCGGCAGUGACACAUAUGUCAUCAUGAGUCACCUCGUAGAUCUACCUAAGGACAAGGGUGACAAUAAUUGA